AUGACGACGGCAGCGAGUGAGCAGGAAUCACGUUGUGGAGGAGGAGCUAUCCCGUUGGGGGACGUAUCUAACUCACCCUCUCCCUGCGCCAACCCGGGCCACUACAUCGCGCUCGUCACCCUCCGUGUCGCCGAGGAGAUGCGGCCACCGCCGCCACCGCCGGCGCGGGCUGAGAGGCACAGCACGGGCACGGUGCAGGUGACGCGGGUGAAGCUGCUCAAGCCGCGGGACACGCUGCUCCUUGGCCAGCCGUACCGCCUCAUCACCGUCGACGAGGUCACCAGGGUGCUGCAGGCGAAGAAAGAGGAGAAGUCGAGGAGGGCGGCGGCGCAGCAUCACCUGGAAUCCAAGCCCGCCGGCGCCGCUGGAGUUGGGAUCAAUUCCAGCGGCGACGACCACACGCAAUUAGAUGAUGAGGUGGAGGAGAGAAGUUAG